AUAAUAGAAUCUGCAACAUGGGUGGCAGUAACAUAUUAUACGAUUGGAUAUGAUCCUCUUUUCUCCAGGUUUCUUCAGCAGUUCUUGCUGUAUUUCUCUCUGCAUCAGAUGUCAUUGGGUCUUUUCCGCGUUAUGGGUUCUUUAGGCCGACAUAUGAUAGUUGCCAAUACGUUUGGGUCCUUUGCAAUGCUGGUGGUCAUGACGCUUGGAGGUUUUAUAAUAUCCAGAGAUAGCAUACCAAGCUGGUGGAUUUGGGGUUACUGGGUUUCUCCUUUGAUGUAUGCUCAAAACGCAGCUUCCGUGAAUGAGUUUCUUGGCCAUAAUUGGCAAAAGAGUGCUGGGAAUCAUACCAGCGACUCUCUUGGUUUGGCAUUGUUGAAAGAAAGAAGUUUGUUCUCUGGGAACUACUGGUAUUGGAUCGGUAUCGGUGCCUUGCUUGGAUACACAGUUCUAUUCAAUAUACUAUUUACGCUGUUCCUAGCACACCUCAACCCUUGGGGUAAGUUUCAAGCUGUUGUAUCCAGAGAAGAGUUGGAUGAGAGAGAAAAGAAAAGGAAAGGUGAUGAUGAGUUUGUUGUGGAACUAAGAGAGUACUUGCAGCAUUCAGGCUCAAUACAUGGAAAAUAUUUCAAGAACCGAGGCAUGGUUCUCCCGUUUCAACCACUAUCUUUGUCUUUCAGCAAUAUCAACUACUAUGUGGAUGUUCCCUUGGGACUAAAAGAACAAGGGAUACUAGAAGACAGGCUGCAGCUACUUGUGAAUAUUACUGGAGCUUUUAGACCAGGUGUUCUUACAGCAUUGGUGGGAGUAAGUGGUGCCNGAAAAUAUUUCAAGAACCGAGGCAUGGUUCUCCCGUUUCAACCACUAUCUUUGUCUUUCAGCAAUAUCAACUACUAUGUGGAUGUUCCCUUGGGACUAAAAGAACAAGGGAUACUAGAAGACAGGCUGCAGCUACUUGUGAAUAUUACUGGAGCUUUUAGACCAGGUGUUCUUACAGCAUUGGUGGGAGUAAGUGGUGCCGGUAAAACAACGCUCAUGGAUGUUUUAGCUGGAAGAAAAACCGGAGGAACUAUAGAAGGCGAUGUGUACAUAUCUGGUUUUCCCAAAAGGCAGGAAACGUUUGCAAGAAUUUCAGGUUACUGUGAGCAGAACGAUGUUCAUUCUCCAUGCCUAACUGUUGUUGAAUCUCUACUUUUCUCGGCUUGCCUUCGUUUACCAGCUGACAUUGACUCAGAAACACAAAGGGCGUUUGUUCAUGAGGUGAUGGAGCUAGUGGAGCUGACCUCUUUGAGCGGGGCAUUGGUUGGUCUCCCUGGAGUUGAUGGCUUAUCAACUGAACAGAGGAAAAGGCUAACAAUUGCUGUUGAGCUAGUUGCGAACCCUUCUAUAGUAUUCAUGGAUGAGCCAACUUCAGGGUUGGAUGCAAGAGCUGCUGCCAUUGUGAUGAGGACUGUAAGAAAUAUUGUUAACACAGGACGAACCAUCGUCUGCACGAUUCAUCAGCCUAGCAUUGAUAUUUUUGAGUCAUUUGACGAGCUUUUGUUCAUGAAACGUGGUGGAGAGCUCAUAUAUGCUGGUCCACUUGGUCAAAAAUCAUGUGAACUUGUCACGUAUUUUGAGUCAAUUGAAGGAGUGCAAAAGAUCAAACCUGGCCAUAAUCCGGCAGCGUGGAUGCUUGACGUCACCUCUUCCACUGAAGAACACCGUCUUGGAGUUGAUUUUGCUGAAAUUUACAGGAAUUCAAAUCUGUGUCAACGCAACAAGGAGCUGAUCGAAGUCCUCAGCAAGCCAAGUAAUACUGCAAAAGAAGUCGAGUUUCCGACCAGAUACUCUCAGUCACUCUAUAGUCAGUUUGUUGCUUGUCUGUGGAAACAAAACCUCUCAUACUGGCGAAACCCACAAUACACUGCAGUUCGGUUCUUCUACACUGUGAUUAUCUCUUUGAUGCUUGGAACCAUAUGUUGGAAAUUUGGCUCAAAAAGGGACACCCAACAACAAUUAUUUAAUGCAAUGGGAUCGAUGUAUGCGGCAGUUCUCUUCAUUGGAAUCACCAAUGCAACCGCUGCACAGCCUGUUGUCUCCAUAGAAAGAUUUGUUUCAUAUCGCGAGAGAGCAGCAGGAAUGUACUCGGCACUUCCCUUUGCAUUUGCACAGGUGUUUAUAGAGUUUCCAUACGUGCUAGCACAAUCCACAAUAUACAGCAGUAUAUUCUAUGCCAUGGCCGCGUUUGAAUGGUCAGCGGUGAAGUUCUUGUGGUACUUAUUCUUCAUGUACUUUUCGAUAAUGUACUUCACCUUCUACGGGAUGAUGACAACAGCAAUCACCCCAAACCACAACGUUGCCUCAAUCAUAGCAGCACCUUUCUACAUGCUCUGGAACCUAUUCAGUGGCUUCAUGAUACCAUAUAAGAGGAUUCCACUGUGGUGGAGAUGGUACUACUGGGCAAACCCGGUGGCGUGGACACUGUAUGGACUAUUGGUGUCUCAGUAUGGAGAUGAUGAGAGAAGGGUGAAACUCUCAGAUGGUAUCCAUCAAGUGAUGGUGAAACAACUGCUUGAGGAUGUAAUGGGAUACAAACAUGACUUCUUAGGAGUCUCUGCUAUAAUGGUGGUGGCCUUUUGCGUCUUCUUCUCCCUUGUCUUUGCUUUCGCCAUUAAAGCCUUCAAUUUCCAGAGAAGAUGAUUGUUGAUUUACCAAACUCUCCAACUCCCACAUAUUUAUAUAUAUACACACAUAUAUACAGAUACCAACUAUUUGUUAAUUUGUAUAUUGGGGGCUUUUAUACCCAAGAAGGCAGGGGACUGCUCCUAUUCUUCCUCUGCCAUUACAUGUAUGGAUUAAUAAAAGUCUUGUAUUGUAUUGUGUUGUGUUGUGUUUUUAGUUCCUUGUUAUUUUUUCA